AUGACCAGCUGCAGUGCCAGUUGUGCAGCAGAAGAGCAGAAGUCCAUUGUCAACAGCGAUGUCAGAGAAGAACUAGAAGAGAAAGCCAUCCAAAAAUCAGACUCAUUUCAUGUCCCAUCUGUAGCCUUGCUUGGACAGCUCUUUCAGCUUUUAGCUGAGCGCUUCACUCCUGUGUGGUACAGCCCGGAACUGUACACAGCACUCCAGAUGAAGCCUCACCAGGGCGUAGUAGAGCGGGAGGAAAACCUGCCUCAUAUUGCUGGUCAAACUCUCCUUAAUACACUUCAUGAUGGCAUUGGCCCUCUUGGCUGCUUGCAAAGUCCAAAAGAUUUGCUGGAAUUGGAGGCUGAAACAAAUGAAAAGAUCAAUUCCUUCGUGAACCCACAAGACAGUGCUUGCUGCAGCCAUACAAGCCAUGAGCCCCAUGGCACUGAACCAGCAGCUGCAGAGCCAGCCUCUGCCCAGGUGACACAGGACCCCACAACCGUGGCCACCACUGCUCCAGGCACCCUGUCUGAGAGCAGGGCAGGUCACGGUCCUACCAGCCCCCAGCAGAAAGCGCCUGCACCUCCAGUGCAUGCACGGCUUGCAAAGCCAACUGCAAUAUUAACAUCCGCCAAGUACUCAAGAAUCUUGGCUGGAAAAGCAGUUAACAACAACUUCCUCCCUGUGCUCUUGUACGUUACAAAUAAAAGUCAUCCAGAGUUUUCUCUCUUUAGAGUGGAGGUCUGCCUUGAAAUAGGAUCUGGAUCUGGUGUGGUUUCAGCAUUUCUAGCUUCUUCCGUUAUAGGAUCCAGUGCACUGUACAUAUGUACUGAUAUCAACCCUAUGGCAGCUUACUGUACACUGGAGACAGCUCUUCUUAACAACGUUCACCUUCAGCCAGUCAUUACUGACUUGGUCAAAGGACUGACUCCAAGAUUAAAUGGAAGCGUUGAUCUACUGCUAUUUAAUCCACCAUACGUGGUAACACCUUCUGAAGAGGUGGAAAGCCAUGGAAUAGAAGCAUCCUGGGCUGGUGGCAAAAAGGGCAGAGAAGUAAUGGAUAGAGUUUUUCCAUUAGUACCAGACCUACUUUCACCAGGAGGAUUAUUCUACUUGGUCACAAUUAAAGAAAAUAAUCCAGAUGAAAUUCUAGAAACAAUGAAGAAAUACGGCUUAGAAGGCACACGAGUACUUUCCAGGCAAGCCGGACAAGAGAUGCUUACUAUCCUCAAAUUUAGAAAGUCCUGAAAACUGCUCUUA